CGUAAACGCUUUUAUCUUUUCAUCGGCCAACUAAGCAGCAGACCCGCCUCUUUUUAUCCAUCUCUUCUCUGCUGCAACUGCGAAAAACAAAGAAAAAAGAAAAGAAAGGGAAAUGGCAGCAGCAGCAGCAGCUGCAAACGGUGUAUCUUUCGUCUCUUCGAAUGCAUACCUGGAGAGUGGGCAAGUGAAAGAGACAAGGGCUUUGAUUUCCAAUCUCUGCCGUCAGUUCUACACGCUGGGGUGGAUUUCAGGGACAGGAGGCAGCAUCACUGCUAAAGUCCACGAGGAUUCAAUUCCGAAAUCCCAACAGCUCAUUGUCAUGUCUCCGUCUGGGGUGACAAAGGAGAGGAUGGCUGCCGAGGACGUGUAUGUGUUGUCAUCGAGCGGGACGGUUCUGUCCUCUCCAUCUCGCAGGCCUUAUCCUCGCAAACCUCCCAAGUGUACCGACCGUACACCGCUCUUCAUGAAGGCUUAUCAGAUGCGUGAUGCUGGGGCUGUUAUUCACAGUCAUGGAAGGGAGUCUUCUCUCAUAACAAUGAUUCAUCCAUCCUCAAAACAGUUUCGAGCGGCAGGCUAUCGUUAUCUCUUUGAUGCUGCUAUCAAGCUCCACCAGUUGGGUUUGGACUGGUCUUGUCCAAGUGAUGGUCCAGUUCAUAAUGUCAAAGGUAUGUGGGGUGGUGGUCGAAAUAUAAAUGGAGCUGUGAAAGCGGUUCUGACUGAUAACGAUGUGGUUGAACCAUCGAGAAAAUGUAUACUUCUCGACAUUGAAGGCACAACAACUCCAAUAUCAUUUGUUACUGAUGUUCUUUUCCCCUAUGCGCGUGAUAAUGUGCGUAACCAUUUAAUUGCCACAUACAACAGUGAAGAAACACGAGAUGAUAUCAAGUUGUUACGUGCCCAAGUAGAGGAUGAUUUGGAACAAGGUGUUGUUGGUUCUGUGCCCAUCCCACCUGCUGAUGGUGGCAAAGAGGCGGUGAUUGCAUCCUUGGUAGCUAAUGUAGAAGCAAUGAUAAAGGCUGACAGGAAAAUUCCUGCUCUAAAACAACUGCAGGGCCAUAUAUGGAGAACAGGGUUUCAAAAUAAGGAAUUGCAGGGAGUAUUUUUUGAGGAUGUACCAGAAGCUCUUGAGAAGUGGCAUGCAAUGGGCAUCAAGGUGUAUAUAUAUUCUAGUGGUAGUAGGGAGGCUCAAAGGCUAAUCUUCGGAAAUACGGUGUAUGGGGAUUUGAGAAAAUAUUUGUGUGGAUUCUUUGAUACCAUGAUAGGAAACAAAAAAGAAACCCGCAGUUAUUUUGAGAUCUCGCAGUCUGUGGGAGUAGAUAGGCCGUCGGAGAUCUUAUUUCUGACAGAUGUCGUUCAAGAAGCUGUGGCUGCAAAGUCAGCAGGUUUGGAAGUUAUGAUCUCCAUCCGUCCAGGAAAUGGACCUCUUCCAGAAAACCAUGGAUUUAAAACCAUUAAAUCCUUCUCAGAAAUCUGAGCUGAUAUAAUGUAUGUUUCCAACUAUUGACUUUAUGUAUGGAUCUACUGUAUGGAUUUAUCCAGUAACCAAUAAAAUUUGCUGUUGAUGGGUUUGCACC